CUUUUUUGACCGAUCCCCAUACUGCCUUCCACAAACCUUCGCAGUUGGAUUCUCUCUCGAGGCUGCUUUCAUCGCCAUCCCAUAUAUAGAUUGAUGAUAGUCUCUCACUUCCCGAGUUCUGGGGUGGCAGAGGAUGGGCUCCUGUUUUUCGACUGCCGGCAAGGCAACAGUUGGCGCCGGCAACGCCGGCAUCGGCCAGUUGGCUCUUCCUCCUACGAAUGCUGGACAGGGAACCGACGAGCAUAGCCAGCAUCCUCAGAAACAGCCCGAGUUAUCUGAUGAUAAUCCGCACGAGCAGGAGGGGAAGGGGAGGGAGAGGGAGAGGGAGAGGGAGAGGGAGAAGGUGACCGGUGCCGGGCAUAAGAAGAGGCUAAGCGGAAUCGUGCCCUAUGGGAAGAGGACGGAUUUCGGUUACGCGAAGGAUUUUGAUAGCCGUUAUGCGAUUGGGAAGCUCUUAGGUCAUGGCCAAUUUGGGUAUACCUUCGUCGCGACUAACAGGGCCAAUGGAGAUAGAGUAGCGGUCAAGAGGAUCGAGAAGGCUAAGAUGAUUCAUCCGAUUGCCGUUGAGGAUGUAAAGCGUGAAGUGAAGAUACUCCAAGCCCUGAAAGGCCAUGAGAAUGUAGUCCACUUCUAUAACUCAUUUGAAGAUGAUGAUUAUGUAUAUAUUGUUAUGGAAUUAUGCGAGGGUGGCGAACUACUUGACCGGAUAUUAGCCAAGAAGGAUAGCAGGUACACGGAGAAAGACGCUGCUGUUGUGGUAAGACAGAUGCUCAAAGUUGCAGCAGAGUGUCAUCUACAUGGUUUAGUACAUCGGGACAUGAAACCCGAGAACUUUCUUUUGAAAUCAACCAAAGAGGACUCUCCUCUUAAGGCUACCGACUUUGGCCUCUCAGAUUUUAUAAAGCCAGGAAAGAGAUUUCAUGACAUUGUCGGUAGCGCUUACUAUGUUGCUCCUGAGGUACUGAAACGCAAAUCCGGACCCGAAUCGGAUGUUUGGAGUAUAGGAGUCAUCACUUACAUUUUGUUAUGUGGGCGUCGCCCAUUUUGGGAUAGAACUGAGGAUGGGAUUUUCAAGGAGGUUUUGAAAAACAAACCUGAUUUUAAAAGGAAGCCCUGGCCUAACAUAAGCGCCAGUGCAAAAGAUUUUGUUCAAAAGUUGCUCGUAAAAGAUCCUCAUGCUAGAUUGACCGCCGCCCAAGCUUUAUCACACCCAUGGGUGAGAGAAGGGGGAGAUGCAAAGGAAAUUCCUUUGGAUAUUUCUGUUUUAUCUAAUAUGCGGCGAUUUGUAAAAUACAGCCGUUUAAAGCAGUUUGCUCUAAGGGCUCUAGCAAGCACGCUAAAUGAAAAUGAACUUGCCGACUUACGAGACCAGUUUGAUGCAAUAGAUGUUGAUAAAAAUGGCGCUAUAAGUCUAGAAGAAAUGAGACAAGCUCUUGCAAAAGAUCUUCCAUGGAGAAUGAAAGAUUCACGUGCUUUAGAGAUUCUUCAAGCUAUCGAUAGCAACACAGAUGGAUUGGUGGAUUUCUCUGAAUUUGUUGCAGCAGCUUUGCAUGUUCAUCAGUUAGAAGAACAUGACUCUGACAGGUGGAAUAUGCGCUCUAAAGCUGCUUUUGAUAAAUUUGAUGUAGACAGAGAUGGAUAUAUUACUCCUGAGGAACUCAGAAUGCAUACAGGACUAAAAGGUUCCAUUGAUCCACUAUUAGAAGAGGCAGACAUUGACAAGGAUGGAAAGAUCAGUUUAUCCGAAUUCCGUCGCCUUCUCAGAACUGCAAGCAUGGGUUCGCGCAAUCUCCCUAGUCCAUCUGGAGCUCAUAAUCAUCAAAAGCCAUAGAUUUUCGCUUCGAAGGUGCUUCUUUCGUGUUACUCGUUGAGUUUCUAGAGCGAGAUAUAGAUAGAUGGAAAAGAGCCAAAGCGACAUUUUUAACUCAAUGUUAUGGAGCUACACCCAUCGGGUAUUAACUCAUUUUUGGGUCGUUCACUCGGUAUUUUCGUGACAGGGAGCUGGAAAGUGCUUCGAAAAGCUUGUAUGAAGGAGAAAUAAUUCUUUCUUUGUUAUGAAGCUGUUAUAGUUCAUUCGCAGUUAAUAAUUUCUUAUUAUGAAGCUGUUAUAGUUGAAUGUAGUCUGUUCUGCUGUUCUGAGUGCUGUACAUUCUUUCUUUCUUUUCUUUGUUGAUCUCCAGCUCUCUCAUAAGAAUGUGCUAUAAGCAAAAAGCAGGCAAUGGAGAAUUUGUUUGUAAACUUUGGGGUCUUUGUUGUUAUUUCUCCUUUUUUGUAAAUUACAUUUGUUGGAGCAAUGGAAUUUUAUAAUCUGGUUGCUUAUGCA